AGGCCGGCCGGCGGGCGCGGCGCGGCAGGCGCAUGACGUCAGUCUUGUACGAACGUCAGGUCAAACAAUUCUUUACAUUCACGCACAUCUGGCCGCCCCACCAAUUUUGAACAUCAUGACUUCCAACGAAACAAAUUCCACGAGUUCCUGCACAGCGGAAUUCGGCACAAAGAUCUUUGCUUAUUUCAACUUGGUCCUCGUAAGCGUCUCAACUCUAACAUCUUUAGUCGCGUUUGUGUACUUCAUGAUUGCGGGAGUAUUCCUAUCCUUGGUGCAUACGCAUCAAGUGGAUCCUGUGUUGAUAAUAGGAACCAUUAUUUCCUUCGUCUCGUUGUUCAUCUUAGCAAAGGGUCUUAUCUUUGCUAUACUUCUCGUCUGUGGUGUACGAAAGCAAAAGCCACAAUACAUUAAAGCGUACUACGUAUACGGAAUCAUUGUUGUGGUACUAUCCUUGUUCUCUGCAAUCAGCAUUCUGGCUACUACGUCGGAAAUUGGACUCAUCAUUUGUGUUUCGAUCUUCGUCGUUUGCGUACUCUACUCUUUCAUCCUAGCGAUGAUCAGGAAGACAUACCGGAAUUAUGAGACGUUGCAAAACCAGUACCAGCACAUGCCUAACAACGAAAAGGUGUUAUUUUAAGAAAUAUCUAUUUUGAACCACUGCUGCAUUUAGAAAUAAUCUUUGUUGUGAUGAAUUUUGAUCUUAAAAUAAAGUAUAACAGUGUGGGCAUGGGAGUGUUUAUUAUUACAGGAUCGAUAUUUAUUCCCCAUGAAAUUGGGCAGGCAGGUCAUUGUAGUUGAUAAGUGAGCUGAGCUGAGAAUAAUUCAAUAUUUGAAAUAAAGGUAUAAUUUGUGUUUAUUAUAUGUAUUACAUUUGCACAGGAGUGAGUACUAGAGUAAGGCGUGUGGGAAGUAUGGUAAGAAACCGACCUCAAAAAUUCAUUUAUCCCCUAGUUUGCCAUCCUUAGAGGUGGAAUAUUUUCUUCGAAUUCAAAUGGGACCACUACUGAGGUACCCUCUUUUGC